GGACAAAUAAUGAUCUCGAAAAGCAUAGCCUUCUGAAAAUUAGACACAAAAAGUGAUUAGCGAUGGCCCUGAUAAGGAAAUGUCAAAUGUGUGGGAAUUGAAUUUGCUGCGCAUACUGCACGCCGUGCCUUAUAUGUAUAAAAGGGGGUCUACGCUGUCCGUACAUAGAGAGUUCUAACAAUCGCACUACAGGCCGAUCGAUAGGUUCACAGUUGACGCUUGACAAUGACCGACAAGAAGGAGCCUAGCCGCAAGCGCACCAAAACCGACUCGGAAUCCUCAGUCAAGGCUGCGGAGUCAAAGACCGUCGAGUGCGUGUACGAGAAUUCUGUAAAAAACUCAGUGCGAUUCAAGGAGACCGAGAAAGACGGCAUAUUCGGCACAGUGUACAUCAAGAAUGCGUUCGCAAAGGACUACAAGCGGCUACGAAUAACAGUCGAGUUUCUGGAUGAGUAAGUGCAAGUCCUUGUAAGAAGCACGGACGCAUGGAUGCAUCGACUAUCUUUACCCAACCCCCUAGUGAUAGACUUGCGAUGUGAAAUUGGGGUACCACAAUUUCAGUCUGUGACAUGUGAUAUGUUUCCUGAUUUCAGCGCGUACCGGACUACGAAUGUAGGCGUAUGCAAACCUGUAGGUGUCUGAAUGGACUGUGGGAUGCGUGUGGGUUGCGAUGUCUCCGAAGGUCUGCAUAUCAUUAUUGUGUGACAGGCUGACGAUACAGUGAGAAAAUAUACACCGUAUACGACAAAACGAUUACACUUAUAAAUAAAACGAAGGUUAGCUAAUGAUCUUGUGCAGUGUGCGUUUCUGGCAUGUGGCUAAGCUAAAACGGCCUGGUCUUGAGAACGUAGGAAGACAUUACAUUUUAUGCGGAGUCGAUGAGAAUCGAACCCAAUUCUACAUAUCCGACGAAUAUAUUGUAUGCUUAUAGUAUGCAUCACUUAAAUAUAAAAGAAAGUAUGUAUGGCGA